GUGUGUGUGUGUGUGAGUGAGUGAGUGUGUGAAGGAGAUCCCCGUCUGGGAGGGAAAACUUCUCCAUUCUUUACGGUAAACAUUAGACACGGAAGCAGUCCGAGAGUCUGUGAGUGAGAGAGAGAGAAAGAGAGAGAGAGAGAAAAAGAAGAAGAGAGACAAAAAGAAAAGAUUUCCAGGAGCGAUGGCCACCCAGGAGGCGGUAUAUAACUCCACUACCACAGCAGAACCAGAAGGAACUUUGAGUCGAUGCUUCACUGUACCGAACCCCAACCUGGACUUUAUCAGAUUUUUUGUAAAAAUGGCGGAAGUGCUCUUGUCCUUCGUGGCAUUCAUUCUGGAGGAAGUGGUGAGCAGUUGCACUUCCUGCGGCGCACUUUACUUCUUUGAGUUUGUGAGCUGCACAGCCUUCCUCUUCACACUCCUCCUCCUCAUCCUCCUCUCUACACCCCUGCACCAGAAAGUCGGCAUCAGCUGCUGGCCCAAACUGGAUUUCGUAUACUCAGCUCUGAUCAGUGUGUUUUUAUUCAUCGCCUCCAUCACUUUCACAGCGAGUAACAGCGACUCGGAGGUGGAGAGAGCUACUGUGGCUUUCGGUUUCCUCGCCUGCUUCGCCUUCCUCGUGGAUGUGAUCAUAUUCUACAAGAUGAAAGGUUUCCCAUUUUCCGGUGCGAGUAACGAGCCACCGACGCACGAGGUGGAGAAACUAAAUGCCAACGGUGCCAGCGGUGCCAACGGCGCCAACUGAUCCUGACUGCCGUUGAGAUCCGCCUCAUCACGAGUCCUGUUAAACUCACGCCACUGAAAAAAUUCUGCGAGUUAAAUUUCGAAAGCUUUUUAUACGACUUUUUUUCCCCCAAAUCGAUUCACACGUCAUGUAUUUUACACGUUCAGAACCGGUGUGUAAUAUUUAUUAUGCUUCAUUAUUUCUUAAACCUUUCAGGUCUUUUCUCGCGACUGUGAAGUUUCCAGAAGUAACAUUUCAAUGAAUUCUAAUUUUUAUGUAGUGUUUUUUUUAAUCUUUUCCCUUGUAGCGUAAGCGUAAUAAUCUGCAUGAGGACAUGUAAAGUGACACGCCGCCGAUCCGCGCUUCACCCUGCACACGUCAGACGCCCGGUGUAAAGACACGUCUCCUGUUAGAGCAGCGUCACGUGUGUGAGAGCGCUGAUGAGUUCGGAGUUUUCUCUCGCUGAGCUUUUUAUUUUAGAUCGAAUGUAAAGACAAUUACAGCUUCAUCAACCAUCAUCAUCAUAAUCACAUGAUCAUUUUAGAGCAGGUUCAAUACUAAGUCAUGGGUUAAAUUCCAUUCUGUAUGCACACAAACACACACACUGUCAUCAUCAUCAUCCUCAUCCUCAGUGUGAACUCACAUGACCUGCCCUGCUUUACUCCACUUUAUCACGUUGCCACUUUAAUGUUUUUCUCCACAAGAACCCAACGAGGCAAACGUGUUUCUCAGACGCUUUCUAGACCCAUUUUAAUCUGAAGGAACCGUUUUCCAAGCCGCCCCUUUAAUCAGCACAGCAGUGUGUUUUGUAACGGUGUUAGACUUCUGAACGCAGUGUAUGGGAUUUAAAGAGAAUGCUGGAUGAGUGGAUGUGUGUUUGUGCUGCUGAAAAUCAGACUGCAGAACCGUGUGCUAGAACCUUCCUGUGUUCACACUAAAGCUUUUUCUCAUUUCUAUCCAGAUUAAAUACAAAGUUAUAAAAAAGCACCAAACCCAAACAGUUGCCUGGAUUCACUCCUCUGAUCGAUCGCCUCGGGUCUGACCCAAAGAAACGCCGCCUGUCGUGUUGUGUAUUUCUCUUCGUAGUUCUGUACUGAAGUGUUUAAAAUGUAGGUACAAUGUUAGUACAAAAAUCUGCACUCAUUAGUUUAAUGUCUGGGUUUGGAUUAAAGAGGAGGAAGUAAAGUGGGAGACCUGGCGAGUGUGGGAUCUGUCAGAGGAACCGCAUCAAAGCUAAUUUGUAUUAAAUCUGGAAAAAUAUUCUGUUAUGAAAUGUUGUUAACGUUGCUGGUGUGAUGGAGAAUUGACAUCAUUACUAGCGACCUUUUAUUCCGCCUGAUAUCAGUGUGUCGUUUCGUUAACUUUAUUUCUACACAAUUGUGUGUGUUAUUGUUUUUUCUACAGAAUAAUUUAGGCACAAUGUGUUUGUGUCUGUUCACUUGACAUCUUUUUAAAUCGUUCUUUCCUGUGUUGGUGGUUAGCGUGAGUGUGUUCAUCUCUGAUCAGGAGCGUACAUGUGUUUUUAUUCCUUAUUGAUACGAUGCCUAUAGUGAAGUGCGUCCUUCCACUUUCUCUCAGAGUUGCAGAAGAUUCGGUUCUGUUUUCAUUUCUGAUGGAAUUUAAUCACGUGUGUUUUUAUACUGAGAGAAAAUGUGGAAAGUGAUUCGGUUUUCAGUGGAUGUGUGUGUGUGUCUGUUUGUGUGUGUUUGUGUGUGUGUUUGUCUGUGUGUGUUUGUCUGUGUGUGUGUUUGUCUGUGUGUGUUUGUCUGUGUGUGUGUUUGUCUGUGUGUGUGUGUCUGUCUGUAUGUCUGUCUGUGUGUGAGUGUGUUUGUCUGUGUGUGUGUGUGUGUGUUUGUGUGUGUCUGUGUGUGUGUGUGUGUGUGUGUGUGUGUCUGUGUGUGUGUGUGUCUGUGUGUGUGUGUGUGUGUGUCUGUGUGUGUGUGUGUCUGUGUGUGUGUGUGUCUGUGUGUGUGUGUGUGUGUGUGUGUGUGUUUGUCUGUGUGUGUGUUUGUCUGUGUGUGUCUGUGUGUGUGUGUGUCUGUGUGUGUGUUUGUCUGUGUGUGUGUUUGUCUGUGUGUGUGUGUCUGUGUGUGUGUGUGUCUGUGUGUGUGUGUCUGUGUGUGUGUGUGUCUGUGUGUGUGUGUGUCUGUGUGUGUGUGUGUCUGUGUGUGUGUGUGUCUGUGUGUGUGUGUGUCUGUGUGUGUGUUUGUCUGUGUGUGUGUUUGUCUGUGUGUGUGUGUGUGUGUGUGUGUGUGUGUGUAAGCUUGUUAAAUGCCCGACCUCACAAACGGACUGCAGUGCUGUCAGUAAACAUUCCCCUUGCACAAGCACCUUUCAGUAAUUUCCAAACUAGUGCUAAUUAAUUAUUCAUAUAUUACUCAUGAUAUUAAUUGAAAUGACUGUAUUAAACUGUGCAUAACAAGCUUCGAUGUCUCUUAACGUGUUAUUAACGAUUCUCAUUAACACUGCACUCAGUAACACACCUUUUGUAUUUCUUUGUUUUUUUUCCAUCACCAAAGAUCUUUAAGUUUAAAGCGAAUGACUCUCACUCAUUUACACCAGCACACAAAUUAAUUCCACUUAUUAAUCCUGGUCUUAGUGUGUGAACGUUAAACCUGUGUAUGUUUCCUGAAUUCCUUUUUUUAAAGACAAUCUUACAAUAAACCCUGAGGGAGCGCACACACACCA